AUGAGAAAACAACAUUGUUUUCUAUUCCUCAUUGUACUAUGCCACUGGUCAACCAUGAUUCUCGCUCACUGCCCACCUGGAUAUUAUGAUAAUAAUGUCCCACAUGAGAGCAGAUGUAUCCUUUGUGGUUUCGGUCAGUACUGUCCAGGCAAUGGCCAAUAUUUCAAUUGUCCUUCUGGAACCAUUGCUCCAAAUACAGGAAUGUCAUCUUGCACAAAAUGUUCAUACAGCAAUAGAACCAACAGUGCCUCAACUGUUUGUUUGUUGGCAGACACUCCAAAUAAUGCGCAAGAAGCUCUCGAAUAUGGUACAGACUCCGGUGAUGACAACUUGGAUCUAUUCAAGAUUAGUGCAAAGCAACAAUUUUACUUUACCACUAUUGAAACUGCUGACAUACCAUUAGAUAGAUCUCAUCCCAUUCAAUACAGCUUCGUUGCUACAAACAGGAAAUACGACAUUCCACUCAUUGUGAUCGCUUCCACUAAAACUGGUCAACCAAGCAAGAGCAACUUUCAAUGGAUUGCCUCUGGACAAAAUGCCACACUCAUUAUUCCAGUCGACUGGAUCGAUACAAACACAAACUUUAUUGGUUUAUACUUCUCUAUCAUCCCAUCUGUUGAUUAUACCGUUCCAUUUCUUGCAACAACUUUUAAACAUUUCAGAGGUGAAAUAUUCGCAAUUCCAAAUAGAAAGGUUAGUCAAGAUUUCAAGACUUUUCAGUUUAUGACAAACCAAGCAGUUGUUGAAUGGAGUGGAAUUCCAUCCUUGAGAAAGGUGAAUGUUUCUGUGACAUUAAGUGAUUUGACUCAUCAAGAUGAUUCCAAUCUAUUCUUUAGUUUGUGUUAUUCAACUAUUCCAACAAUUGAUUUUCCAAACUUUUUCAAUUCCAAUAUGGUUGUCAGAGGUAAAGUCAAUAAUCAGAUCAAUAUCAUUCUGGAAAAUAUAUCUGGAGGAAAAUUGAAACUAGGUGUCGUUGGUGGUCUAAUUGACUUGGCAAGAAUCACUGCAGAACUUGUCAUCUUGUAA